AACCGAGGCUCUUCCUUAUUUAAAUGUCUGUGAAAUCCAAUGUUCUGAAUGUUUCUACAGGACUAAAUUUCUUCAGCCCCAUAUCCCAGCUCCACUACACCCUGAUAGAGCCCCCUGUGAUCACCGGGGACUACAUCGACCUGGAUUUAAAUGCUGUGUUCACGCUCAUGGGGAAGCCUCUUGUUUCGCUGGCCCGCCCGCCUCCCUUCUCCCUGCCGCUGAGCUCGGGAUCCGGCGACUCCGUGGUCGUCUUGGGAAUUUCGGAGCAUUUGCUGAACAGUGUGUUGGCUAUGGCACAGCAGUUUGGGAGCUUCAACUUCCACGUUUUCCGGCAGACGAUUGCUCACCAGUUCCCACACCCAGAGCCCAUUGGGCUGAAGGUGACAGUGAGAAAAGCCCCCAUCGUCACCUUUUUUGAGGGCAAAGCCAUCCUGAGCCUGCAUCCCUCCAUCGAGGUGGUGGCAGCGGCAUCCUGGACUUCUGCCUCACGGUCUCUCUUUACCCUGGAAGUUGAUGUGGCUUUGGUUCUCCGUUUUGCUGUGACAGAAGUGACGCUGCAGGCCUCUGUCUCUCCGCAAGGUGGUCUUAGGUUUGUGCUGGUUUCUUCCAGAGUUGGAUCUGUGAAUGUCUCCUGGGUGACUUGUCUCAUCGCCUCUGCUUUUGAGGAGGCGCUUGUGGCUCAGCUGAACGCUGUGCUGAGCAUAGGCAUAAAUCUGCCGUGCCUGGAUAACAUCAAGUAUGUCCACCCCCGCACUGAGGUUCACAAGGGUUAUGCUGCGGUCAGUUGUGGCCUUGACUAUGCUCAGUGAAGCGAGGAGAGGAACAAAGAGGAACAAAGAGGAAUAAAGCGUAACAGUUUUACUUGGCAAAACAGUCGUCGUGUCAGUCCAUGAAUCUGAUGGCUUAAAGACGAAGAGCAAUU